AUGGACAAGACAGACGUGAGUCAUGUCGAGAUAGCACGAGACUCACACCAUGACACAUAUGAUGUUGAUCAGAUCAAGCUCUUCAAAAAUGAGGAGGUGGUGCUGAUACCGACGCCAUCUGCAGAUCCCAGGGACCCUCUGAAUCUUCCACCAUGGCGAAAGUGGUUCCUCCUCGUGCUCGUUUCAGCAUACAGCUGUACAGCUGUUGUUUUGGCCUCUGGAAUGGGUCCCAUAUUCUCGGUUGUGGUACAAAGCUACCCGGGCCAGGAAACCAAGGCGAAUGACCUGAUGACUUACCCGACUCUCUUCAUGGGUAUUGGUAACUUGAUCACUAUGCCAUGGGCCUACACAGCAGGUCGCAGGCCCAUAUUUCUAGCAUCGAUGCUGCUUCUCAUCGGAGCCGGAAUAUGGUGUCAGUGCUCACAAAGCCUGGGGAGCCAUAUUGCAGGCCGAAAUAUCAUGUCUCUGGCGGCAGGGCAAAGCGAAGCUCUCUCGCCGAUGAUCAUUCAGGAAAUCCAUUUCCUCCAUGAAAGAGGUCGGAAGAUUGCAUGGUUUAUCUUUAUUCAAAAUAUCGCGGCGGGUGUCUUCUUCGUUGUCUCGACAUACAUGGUUGCAGCUUGGGGGUGGAGAUGGUGGUAUGGCUUCUUCACCAUCAUGAACGCUGUUAUACUUGUUUUGUCGGUCGUUUUCGUAUCUGAGUCUCACUUUGAGCGCCCGGAGGAAGCAGUCCGGGGACAGGCCCCUUUGGACCCGAAGGUGGUUGACGCCAUGGAAAAUGCUGCCCUCAGUGCCCACGGAACCGUGCUUGACAUUGGAAAAUACGGCCCGCGUCGCUGGAAAGACGAUUUGAAGCCUUUCGUUUUGAAACCGCGCCUACGAGACGUUCCUUUGUUUUACAAGCAGAUUCUUCAGGGAUUUUGCGUCCCGACAAUCCUCUGGCUUUUGUUGCUGAAUGGCGCUAAUCUUGGAGUCUACGUUUUUCAAGCUUCGACGUUUUCAAGUAUAUUAAUGGUCCCACCAUACAACUUUGCAUAUACAUCUCUGGGAUACGUUCAAGCCGGUCAACUUGUCAGCUGUCUCAUAUUCCUACCACUGCUCGGUUACGGAGGAGACUUGACGAUUCACGCUCUGAGUCGCCGCAACAAGGGUAUCUAUCAACCAGAAUAUCGUCUUUUGAUGAUGGCUAUACCUGCAAUAAUUGGGGUGGUCUGCGGAAUAAUCUACGGACAAGCAGCAGCCAACCCCAUGAGCUGGAAUGUGAGUGCCGUGGUCAUAUCCUUCAAUGCAAGCUUUUUUGCCUUUCUGGGAGCCAAUAUUGUGGGUAUCACCUAUGCCGUCGACAGCUUUCCACAAAGAGCGGCACCCUAUUUGGUGGUCAUAUGUGCAGGCCGAGGUAUCAUCUCGUUCGGUCUGAGCUACGCUACCCUGCCAGCAGUCCAAACUCUUGGAUACGAUCGGACUAUGAUAGUUGAGGCAGUCAUUUGUGCAUUUUUGGCGCUGAUCGCCAUCCCAGUAUUUUUUUGGGGGGCGCGCAUACGAAGAAUGGCUCAUCCGUGGUGUGUUGACCAAUAA